AUGUUCCUCGACGGAAGAUGUAUGUUGCAAUCAACUAAUCUCCGACUGCGAAUCUUGUUGGUUGGAGAAUGGUUUUCCCGGAGUUUCAGCGGUGAAACCAGAAGACGUUGCUUUGGCCAAGUCGUAGAAGAAAACCUAUCCCUGAUGGACUCUGCGAUCCAGAAGUCACGGAAGUAUCCGGAUUAUUCAGCCCAAGCCCAAGCAUCCCUGCACAGCGUCCUGCACUCGGUACCGCGCGGGCUGACAGUGGGGCCGUCGCUGGCGAAGGAUGGCCGGCUGGGGCUGUGGUGUGUGGGGCGUGCCCUGCAGAAAGGGGCCUUGGUGGGGGACGUCGAUGUCCAGCUCAGGUCUUUAGAUCAUGGGGAUAAGAAAAAGGGCAGAAUGGAGGAUUUAAGUCAGUCUGCAGCAUGUGGAAGUCCUGGCAACAGGAGUUAUUGGAUGAAGUUCGCUUGCACUGCAAAUAAUAAGGAAGAAAAGAAUGUGAGCAUCCAUACUGCAGGUGGCAGACUUUGCUUCAGGGUUUGCGAAGACAUCAGCCCAGGUACAGAGCUGCUUCUUUCGUUGGAGGACCGGCAGAAACUUGCUGAGCUGAUGGAAGAGGAAGGUGGCACCCAGAAAAUGGAAACCACAAUGCCAGAUCCGCUUCUUGAUAGAGAAGCCAACCAAAUCCAGGAGAAGACUGCAGAUGAGCAAGAGCGGCAGGCUGAAGAUAUCAGUUCUUUACAAGCACAUCUGAAUGGACAUCCCCCUGAGGACCUUGUGAGUUCAGACCCUGCAGUACAUACAGUAGAUGGGGAGAAGGAAAAGGCUUCACAGGUUCAAACUAGAAGAAAAAAACCAGAGAUUUUCUCUGUGAAAAAGACUUUUAGGAGACCUGAACAUCGUGACCCCAGAAAUUCUGAGAAAAGCGCCAAGGAUGAAAUGCCUAGAAUGAAUAAUGAGCUUGAUGCUCUUCCACAAUUGUCCCUUUUGACUCAAGGUGAAGGGGCUCGUCUGAUGGAGCAGAUGUCUGACUCUGGGAAGGAACAGAAGGUUGCUGUGCAAACAGGCCUAGAGCAAAGACUGCCAGCCCCGCGAGCCAGCUCGCGUCUGGCUGCCAAACCCAGAAAGAUGCACAACAUCGUAAGUCGGAUCCAGAAACGUCUACAGGAGCGGAAAAUGAGAGUCUUGGGGCAACAGGGAAAAGAGCCAAAUCCCUGUUCAGAAGCUACAGCGCUUCCAUCAAUCGGGGAUGAAAGUGAACAAUCCAGCCCUGAUGAAACUGAAGGAGAACAGAAGGGGGUUCAUCAUUUGGAGGAGAACACAGACAGUGUCCUUAAGGACGUUUGUACUGGGAACCUGGGAGCUUCACAAGGUGGUUCCACUCCCAUCCCAGACAUGUUCCACUUUGACACUAGAGAGAGACGGUACAAAUGCAAUGAGUGCAACAAAAGCUUCUUCCAGUUAUGCCACUUAAAGAAGCAUAAGUUUACUCACUCGGACUACAAGCCGUACCUGUGCACAGAGUGCGGCAAGAACUACAGUUCGCAGGAGAGUUUUCGCGCACACCUCCUGAUGCACAAAGGGGAGCGGCCCUUCAAGUGCCAACGCUGCGACAAGAGUUACGGUCUGAAGCGUGACCUGAAGGAGCACGAGGUGCUUCACACGGGCGAGAGGCCCUUCGUCUGUGACAUCUGCGGCAAAGCCUUCGCUCGUCGGCCGUCGCUGCGCAUCCACCGGGAAGCCCACCGGGCCAAGGAGGCGAAUGUGAAGGUGGCCAAGUCCAAGUGCUCCGUGUGUGGGAAGGAGUUGGCUAACUCUGGCUCCCUCCGGAACCACAUGCGACUGCAUACGGGUGAGCGUCCCUACCCCUGCCCCUACUGCGGUAAAACGUUCCGGCAACGGGGUAACCUGCUGGGCCACCUGCGCAUCCACACGGGGGAAAAGCCGUACAAAUGCGACCACUGCGAUCAGUACUUCUCGCAGGUGCCCGAGCUGCGUAGGCAUCUCAUCUCACACACUGGCGAGGCCUACCUGUGCCCCGUCUGCGGCAAAGCCUUACGCGACCCCCAUACCCUGCGGGCGCAUGAGCGCCUGCAUACGGGGGAGCGACCAUACAAGUGCGACGUUUGCGGAAAAGGCUACACUUUGGCCACCAAACUGCGACGUCACCAGAAGUCACAUUUGGAGGAGAAGCCCUACAAGUGCCAGACGUGUGGAGCUGGCUAUGCGCUGAUGCAGAGCCUGGUCCGGCACCAGCAGGCACACAGGAGGAAGGAGGAGAAGGCAGCCGGAGAGCUCGCCAGUGCUUUGAUGACUUUAGAGUCUGGUCAUUCCAUCCCUGUGAAGGGCCGUCCCAGGAAAUCCGGGAGGAAGACAAACGUAAGGCAACGGGUGGAGCCUGAGGACGGAAUCCUGUUUCAAGAAGAGCAGACUGUAGUUUACGUGCAGGCGAUGGACAACCUGGCCCUAGUACCCAGCUCAGGUGAGGUGAUGAUGAGCACCACCGGGCCCUUCCAUGAUGGGGCGUCCCUGUCACAUGAUCAUGUCGUGCAUGAGGUCAUGGGAUCCUCUAGCCAAGAACAGGACCAGGAGGCCAUGCAGAUGAGUGAGGAUGUGAUUGAGAUCAUCAUCUCCGAUGCCUCUGACAAAUGUGUCAUUGUAGAAGAGCAAAGAACUCAUGGCAAUGUUAUGAUAUUACAUGGAGAUGACGGGUUAAGCUCAGUCGCAGAGACUGUGGAAAUUGAAACGGGAAGUUAAUAAACUGCUCCGUUGGUGAUCUAAUGCAUAAACUUAUGCUGUUUGUUUCACUGUUGAUUGAAAUUUUCAAAAAUGUCAUAGAUAGUAAAGCUACUUUGCUGGAGUUUUUUCCGCCAAAAUUACAAAGAGGUUGUUUAAAUCACAUUCUCAAAAAUAAGAAAGCCAAAUACCUCGUGCUUCUGCUUUCUCUACUUAAAUUUUGAGUUUAACAUUUUGACAAAUAUUGACAGUGAAGUUUGAUGGACCUUGUUUCAUCACUGCAUGUGUACCAAAUGUUCUUUCCAUGCUCCCCUCUUAAAGGGACAGUAGAAUGGGCUAAAGUGUUGAAAACAUCCACAUUUCUGUGACAUGUGGUGUUCAAAAAGAAUGGCGUCCUGUUGAUUUGUGUUAUGAAUAACUUUUUACUCUACUGCCCAGUUAAAAAACAGUUACAGAAAGAUAUUUUGCUUCAGCCCUGUUGAAUUACAAAUAACUCUUUGUCAUGA